CCAUAUCGAUCGGAUUACUUUAUAAUACAGUUGUUUACGCAAAGCAAGUUUUAUGGGAUUUAACUUUACUUGUAAAAAUUGUUUUCUAAAAGAAUAUAACAUUAAUUUAGUACAUGUAUUGAAAUGGCUGUAGCGGAGGGUAUGGUUUCUGUUGAUGAAAAAUCUGAAAACGUAGGAGAUAUUAUGUGUAAACCGUGCAUUUUUGAUGGAAAUGUAACAUCAGCUAAAUGCCGUUGUAAUGAAUGUCAAGAGAACAUGUGUACGGAGUGUUUUCAGCAUCAUCGGAGGGGAAAGAUGUGUAGGAACCAUACGUUUUUGGAUACUGCUUGUAUUGAUGGUUCGUCGGCUGUGGACGAAGAAUUAGGAGGUUUGCAAGAUAUAUGUCCGAAGCACGAUCAACAACCUUUGACAUUUUAUUGCGCAACGCAUCGAGUGAUUGGCUGUAGAGACUGCAUAAUCUUCGAACAUAAAACAUGUAAAGUAUCAGAUAUAUCGGAUAAGACGAUGAGUUUAGAUAAUGUAGAUAAAAAUGAAUACUUAGACGAAGCCAUAAAAGAGAUUGAAAACUGCAGCAUCGAAAUAAAAGAAUACGAAAAGGAGAUAAAAACAAAUAUGGACAGUACACAUGCUACACAUAAAACAUUCACCAGCGACGCCGAACGCUUUAGGAAAACAAUAAAGGAAAAGAUGGAUUACUUGAUUUUUGAUGCUUGUGAAGAGGCAAACGAUACAAAAACCGAGACUUUAAGAUGUUUAGAGAAGCUAGAAGUAAAUGCAUCAAAUAUGAGAGAAGAGCUAUCUGCAAUUAAAAGGACAAUGGAGAUAGAGCAAAAUGAUCCGAUAAGGUUAUUUGUCACGGCAAUACGUUCGCGAAAAAAAAUGAAAGAUAUAAAGGAAACUUUUGCUAGAUUUGAAAAAAGUAAUAGAGCUAGAACAUUUACGUUCAUAAGACAGGAAACCAUAGGAAAUGUGAUUGAAGGAUGUAAGGGAAUUGAUUUAAUUCAAAGAAUUCCAGAUGCCGAACAUGACAAGCGAAACGUAAGUCCUUGAACACCUCUUUGUUUAAGAUGUUUGAUUUUCUUUCCCCAAUCUUUUCUUUAAAGCAU